GGCUUUGCUACAUCACUACUGAGGCAGACGGUGACACAAUGGCUGCAAACUUUGGCACGCAUGUGUUUCAGCGCAGGGACCCGGAAAUGGAGCGGAACGACGCGCGCAUGGGCGUGCCCCGGGACCCAAUUGGGGUCUCUGACAGAGUCAUCAGCUUUGGCAGGCUCGCACUGUUUGGAAUAGCUGGUCUGGUGCUGGUGUACGCGUGGUUCAGCCGCCGGUAUCCGCCCAUCCGCGCUAAAGACCUGCUGCUGACAACGCCCACGUUCUUCUCGGGCACCCUGUGGUUUGUGGGUUCGUUUGCUUGCAACGGAAUGAUCGAGGUUGAAGGCGUGCUGAGGCACUGCAAAUUCAUUGCUCUGUAGGUCCGGGUGUUCUUUUGAUACAUGUUCUGCUGUGCUGUGCUCAUCCGCACAUACGCCCUUGUCAUUAUUUUCGUCCAAGGAAAAACAUACAGGGGCUGGAGGUACUACCUGCUGCUGGUUAUUCUGUUUGUGGGCUUGGUCGUUUUCGGCACUGUCAGCCAGCUAGUGCCUGGCCGACUAACUAUCCUCUACCUCGAUUUCUUUGAGACGUGCCAUUACGUGUAUGCGUAUCGCUACUCAUGCAUCGCGCUCGUGUUUGCCAUGUGGGUGCUUGAGGCUGUAGUUGUCUGGCGAGCGAGUUUACAGUGCAUGAGGAAAUGGCGUGUGGCAUGCUCAGCCCUGCCGAGCCGCUACCUGUACUCGAAAUCACAAACCAGGGAUUCGGUCUGCCACAUAUAUACGAUACUAUCGACAAUGGCCAAGGUCUGGAGUCUGCGUAUUCGCCAAUUGAAAGCGAGUACCUCUCCAAUGUUCGGCAUAUUCACUCAAGUCGC